CUCAAGUGGAAAAAAAAAUUAAUGUCGACAUCAUGGAAUCAACUGAAAGGCCACCAACUUGCCGUAGUUACACACCAACGUAUCGAGUCCAUGACCUUAAUCGUCCGGGUUAUUUCUUUCUGAGAAUUUUCUAUUUCCCUCAAAUGGUGAAAAAUCGGCUACGAGAAUUUUGACGUUCGACUCGUCGUUCCUACGUCGCGCGACUCCAACUUCCGUCGGGCAAAUGACAUGAAAUAAAAUAAAGGUCAACCACAAAAGCUUCCACCCUGUAUUCAUAUCUUUUUCGCCGGCCGCUUUCGCGGGCUCCAGCGCGAAUACCCAACAGAGCCUCGACAUGGAUUCGCGAUAACCUCUUUGUGGGCCGGGGGGCCGCCAAGCACCUGUCUGCCGUUGCUACUGGGGGAUUAGGUGCACAACCGCGAGGCGAUGGUUUCCACCUCGACCCUCCGAUCUAUUACCCCCCGACUUUGCCAGGUCAAAAUUCGAGAGAUCCGAAUACUAUGCCACUCGAUAACUUCUUCUAUAAACCACCACCCCCACCAACUUCCGAUAUUAUCGUGCGGCGUGUUGGGACCACUGUGCCAGUACCCGAAUCUGCCUCUCAGUUAGCUGCAGAAGCAGAAGCAGAAGCAGAAACAGAAGCGGGGGCAGAGGCAGAGGCAGUGGCAGAGGCAAAAGCAGAACUAAAUGUUGACGUCGAAGCCGAAACAGUCAGACCCAUACCACGAGUCAAACUCUACAAUAAGAUUCACAUCAUCGGUUUUGAUGCAAAUGCCCGAUUUGCCGCUCAAGCUCUUUCUAGCGUCCCCAAACUGCCACCCGUCCAGCUACUCACUCAUAAUAUACGCUCCAUGAAAAUGUGGAGAGAAGAGGGUCAGGCCAUUACGAUGUAUAAUUACAAAGGAGUCCCUUUAUCAACCCAAGCCGUCCCAUGCCCCGAAUAUGUCGGUCGUCAGUUCGCUCAGAGGUGGACACGCCCGCCUAUCUUACACAAUAUCAUCGUUAGUACCCUCACAGGGGCGGUUAUCCCUAGUCUGGCUGCCCUUACUCAUUCAAUCGACCGCCGAACGACAAUCUGCCUAGCCACACCAGGACUGGGGAUGAUGGAGGAAUUGAACGAGACAAUCUUUAAGGAUCCAGCUUCGAGGCCAAAUUAUAUCCUCUGCCAUAGCGACCAUAGAUUUGAGAGGGUCUCUUCGUACCAAUAUUCCCUGAAACACAUCCCUGGAAAGUUCCUACUCCACUCCGUUCCUAGAGACGAUGAAGACGUAGAUCUGGACAGAAGAACUUCCGAAGGACUUGGACGUCAACACAGGGAUCAUAUGAUAAAACUCCUCUCCAAGUCCGGUGAUUUGGCCGUGGUCCCUCUGGUCUGGGAGGUUUUCCUGCGACAAAAACUACCUGGAAUGAUCUUUAUGUCCCUUGCCGACACGAUAUCCGUUAUUUUAGGUUGCAGAUUCGACCAAAUAAGGACUACUAAACAUAUCAUGGAAUUUUGGGACAGGUUGCUGGAAGAGACGAUACACAUCGUCGCGUCACUUCCUGAGUUACGCGAGCAUCUUGAUAUACUUGACUUCUUCACUUCAGAGUCGUUCCCGAAGAAGCUUAGAAGAAAGCUGGAGUUGCAGAGGUCCGAAUACAGCCAGUGGAUUUCAUUGAUCCGCAAGGCAAAGAUGCCUCCUAUAGACGUAACCAACGGAUACUUCGUUCGACGGGCCCGGGAGCUUGGAAUUAGGCACACUUUGAAUAGUCAGGUGAUAUCCUUGGUGAAAGGGCGACAAGCAGGCAGAUAUAGGGAGCUCCAAAUGGACAUUCCAUUAGGUCUACAACCCUUCGUCCAAGAUUUGGAUAAGAUUGGGGGUGGCCAGCCUAGGGAUGAUCCGAUCCUAGACAAAGAGAUCGACUUCUAAACCUCGUCGGUACUGUAUAUACAGUGUACACAUAAAACGCAUUGGACUGGUGGGGUGAAUUAGCCAUCGUUAGAAUCGUCAAUGAGAAGAUGUUUUUCUCCA